UUAAAGCUCCGCAUAAGCCAGCUUGGCUGGAUUGCCACCGGCUUGAGCCAAGCCACUUUUUUCAGCUCGGCUCAGCUCGGAUCGUGGAGAUCAAUUGACAAGCCAAGCCAAGCCAAGCUGGCUUGCAAGCCAGCUCGUUCGGCUUGCAUUUAUAUUUAG